AUGCUUGUCACACUUUUUGCCACGGUGCUUAUCGUAACUGAAACAAUCAAUGGGGUCAACUGGCCAAACUAUUCUGACAACACCUGCAUAGCACUUAUCAAAGAAGGAGGAGAGAUUGCAUGCAAUCUUACAGGACAGGGGCAUUAUUAUACAAUGAGCAUUGGAAACUGCUGGGUGUCUUGCACAGAACGCUAUCACGAUUUUCUUUUACCCCCUGCACAAUGUGAACGAAUAUUCGAGGUGGAAUACUGGGCGACGUACCUGAAGAUGUUUGGUGAACUUCCGCCGUACGGAUUUGAGUACUGCAGCGAAACACUUGAAAGGAGUAUGAAGUACUGGGUUGAUGACUGGAAGAAAUUGCAAGCAAAGGUGAAAGGAACUAUGUGCCCAGGAGAAAGGAAAACGACUAAAUAA